AUGGCGUUGAACACCGGAAUCAGAUCUAUCUCAAAGAUCAUAGCUUCUUCCGAAUCAUCAGUCUCCAGAUCUGUGAGCAGAAGCUUCCACUCGACUGGACCUAAGAAGAUGAGCGGAGGAGGAGGACAUGGCCAUGAUGAUUACGAAUACUACCUCCACGCAAAGCACAUGUACAACUUGGACCGCAUGAAGCACCAAGCUCUCAAGAUGUCCCUCGGUGUCUUCACCGCUUUCAGCAUCGGUGUUGGUGUUCCCAUCUUCGCCGUCGUCUUCCAGCAGAGGAAGACCGCUUCUGGUUGA